GCGUAUCCUGGAAAUGUAUCCGGCCCGGGGCGGGGCCUGCUCACGGGUGCGUGAGAGGAAGGGGGCGCGCUCUCCCGGACACAAGUGCGUCGGGUAGAGGAGUCCGGGCCGGACGUGUGGAGGCUCAAACAGGAUCCGCGGCGAAAGCACUCCGAGCGGCUGGUGCUAUAAAAAACCUUGAGAUACCUUGAAGAAGAAUAUGCGAGUUGUCUCCAUCUUCUAAUCAACCGUUAUUCGUUGGCAAGUGACACCAAAGCACACCAUCUGAUUAUGAUUUGGAAGACAACAUGACAACCAAUUAUUGAAAUUGCCUCAAGAAUAAAGAUGUUGUAAACAAAGAUCAAGAACCAUGCCAGCAACUUAAUUGUACGCACACAUCGGGCAUAUUCAAAGUUGAUUGAAAUUCUCUUCUGCAAAAUGGAGCAUUUAUGCUUUGAUUUUCUCACUUUAGAGAAGCGUAAACAGUCCUCAAACAAAAUUAUUUUAUGUAUUUUUGUUAUAAUAUGCUUAUCAGUUAUAGUUUACACUGAUGAGGACUAUUAUAAAUUGCUUGGAUUGUCAAAAAGUGCAACUAAUCGACAGAUAAGGCAAGCUUUUAAGAAACUUGCACUCUCUAUGCAUCCUGACAAAAAUCCGAAUAAUCCAGAAGCACAUGACAACUUUUUGAAAAUAAAUAGAGCAUACGAAGUUUUAAAAGAUGAGGAUCUUCGAAAAAAGUAUGAUAAAUAUGGUGAGAAAGGCCUUCAGGAUCACCAGAGUGGACAGUAUGAAAGUUGGAACUUCUAUCGUUAUGACUUUGGCAUUUAUGAUGAUGAUGUUGAAAUUAUUACCUUGGAUAAAGGAGACUUUGAUGCUGCUGUUACCUCUGGAGAAUUGUGGUUUGUAAACUUCUACUUCCCUCGUUGCUCGCACUGCCAUGAUCUAGCUCCUACGUGGCGCGAAUUUGCCAAAGAGAUGGAUGGAGUAAUCCGCAUAGGAGCAGUCAACUGUGGGGAUAACCGGAUGUUGUGUCGUUCCAGAGGAAUCACCAGCUACCCCAGUCUUUACAUCUUUAAACCAGGAGGGGGCGCAGUGAAAUAUGUCGGAGAUCGAUCAAAGAAAGAUCUUGUCCAAUUUGCUAUGAAGUAUGUCACAACUCGGGUGACAGAAUUAUGGUCAGGCAAUUUUGCAAGUGCAUUCAAUACAGCGUUCUCUUCUGGAGUUGGAUGGCUGGUCACUUUCUGUGCUGAAACAGGAGAUUGUUUAUCUUCACAGACACAGCUAAAGUUAGCCGGAAUGCUGGAAGGUCUUGUUCAAGUUGGCUGGAUGGAUUGCACAACUCAGGUUCAACUUUGUACAGAUUUAGAGAGAACCUCCAGUACUACAAUUUAUUUUCCACCUGGUUCGACUAUAAAACAGAAAGGUGGGAUUUUGUUCCUAAAUAGCCUGGAUACUAGAGAAAUUUAUGUUGAGGUUAUGCAAUAUUUACCAGAUCUGGAAAAGCUCACUGAAGAUUCAUUCCAGAAAAAGUUAACACACCAUCGUUGGCUGGUUUUCUUUAAGUUUGGUGACACAGUAGAGCCUGGUGAUUAUGAAUUCAAAAAAGCUAAAGUUCUUCUACAAAAUGACAAUAUCCAGGUUGGAAUGUUUGACUGCAAUGAAGGAUCACGUAUCUGCAAGAGCCUUUAUAUUCGCCAACCUUCUGUUGUAAUAUUCAAAGGCAGUGGAACAAAAGCCUUUGAGAUACAUCACGGUAAGAAGGUUCUCUAUGACGUUGUGUCCUUUGCAAGAGAGAGCAUCAAUGCACCUGUUAUCACACUUAGUCCGAAGAAUUUUCCAAAGAACAACAGGGAACCAUGGCUUGUGGAUUUCUUUGCACCAUGGUGUCCUCCCUGUCGUGCCCUUUUGCCUGAACUGCGUAAAGCUUCGAAACAAUUAGUUGGUCAGCUUAAGUUUGGAACGUUAGAUUGUACAAUCCAUGAGAGUUUAUGCAGCACCCACGGUAUCCAAGCUUAUCCAACAACACUAAUAUUCAACCAAUCAAAUGUUCAUGAAUAUGAAGGCCAUCAUACAGCUGAUGAACUUCUGGAGUUUAUUCAGGAUCUCAUAAAUCCCUCAGUAAUUGCACUGACACCAGAGAAUUUUGAAGGAUUAGUUAGAAGGAGAGCCCAAGAUGAAAUUUGGAUGGUCGAUUUUUAUGCUCCAUGGUGUGGCCCAUGCCAAGCUUUAAUGCCAGAAUGGAAGAGAAUGGCCAGGAGGCUGAAUGGAACAGUCAACGUAGGCAGCAUGGACUGUCAGAAGUACUAUUCUACGUGUCAGAAGGAAGAUGUGCAGGCCUAUCCAGAGAUCCGACUGUAUCCACUGAAUGCUAAAAACAUGUACAAUUACUAUAGGUAUUCUGGUUGGUCCAGAAAUGCAGAGUCACUUAGGUCAUGGGCAUUGGGAUUUCUUCCGCAAACCUCUGUAGAAUUAACACCGGAAGAUUUUACACGACAAGUAUUAAAAGGAAAGGACCAUUGGGUAAUUGAUUUCUAUGCACCAUGGUGUGGCCCUUGCCAGAACUUUGCUCCUGAGUUUGAGCUUCUUGCUAAGUCAAUUGAAGGUGAAAUUAAAGCAGGGAAGGUGGACUGUCAGAGUAACCCGCACACUUGUCAAACAGCUGGUAUCAGAGCUUACCCUACAGUUAAAUUCUAUCCAUUCCAAGGAGAAAAGAAGCGAGAUGAAUCAAAAAAUGCUGCAGGAGAAUAUAUAAACAGUAGAGAAGCAAAAACAAUAUCCCAGUUGCUGAGGAAGCGAUUGGAGGAGCUUCAACCAAAGUUAAAAAAUGCAUUUUCAGCUAAAAAGGAUGAAUUAUAAAAUUGUGACCUCUGUAGAUUGAUCCUCAAUGUCAACUGGAAAUCUGCAGCAACAGAAAUCUGAAAUAUACAAAGCAAAUAAGAUUUUAACAUAACAUUUAAUUUGAUUGUGGAGUAUGAGAUAAAACUCAUUCUGUGGACAAAGUUAUUCACCUGUUUUAAAACAAGAUGAACAACUGUAAAAUGAUGCACCUAAGCAAGUUCCUUGUUGGCAAACUGACCAAAGUUCCUUCCUCACUACGUAUUUUGGCACAUUUUAUCAUGUUGAAAUUUAUAUAGUAAUAUUUUGACAUCCCUUGACCAACUAUCCCAAAAUAUUUCUAAAAUUUUGUUUUGAACAUCUAAUAUUUCCACUCCCAGAAGCAUCACUCAAUUCAUUUUAAUAUGAUAAAUGAAUUGAGAAAUUGAAACUUCUCAUUACCAGCCAUCUCUGCUGUAAUAUGUUUUGCUAUCUGUAGCAAGUUGAAGAGAUCACUGGUAUUAUUAUGCACUGAUGAUAAUAUAUUAUGUGGAAAGGAUUGUUUUGUUUUGACAGUAACAGAAAUUUGAUUUUUUUUUGUGUGUAGAAUGUUUGAAUAAAGUAGUUGGGAGUAAUGCACAUGAUUUUGUUGAAACUGGUGAACCCAAUUAAAUUUGUAUUCAUUUUCCACAUAUGUUGUUGGUUUUGUUGGAUUGUAUUCCAUAUAUAGUUUCCUUAUUUAAUGUUUGUGGAAUUAUUUUGUUUUAAGAACUGAGCAAAGUUAGUGAAUAUUCCUCUAUAAAUUGAGCAACCAAUGCAUUUGUAGCUGUGGCUACUUUCAAUAAAUUCUAGGAUUUUCGUUGAAAUCUA